AUGUCUUGAAGAAGACAUAAAUUCAUCGGACAGACGUUAACCCCCGGUUAUGCACGACAACUAUCAUCACAACUUGCCAAGUCAACGUUUCUUUCUGUGAAGGUUGACUUGGCCGCGGAAUACCAAUCGGACUGUUGGCCAAAACUAAAGGAUGCGUUUGUCAAAGUAACACAAAAAGGAUUAAAGUUAGGUGGUGUGGUUUGGUUUUGUAAUUAUCGACCUCUUCCUUGUUUCAGAUGCCGACGGACAAUUUGUUCGGGACAGGAUGAGGGAAUAACGGGCAAAAGCGCGAUGGCUAACACAUCCGAAGUAGGAUCGAUAAUUACGGAUGAAGCGGACUUGGCUCAACUUGAUACAAAAUCGAAAAUUAUUGGAGAAACUUACGCGGUGGAAAAAAUUGUUGGGAUAAAAACGAACGAGAUGGGCGAAAAACUCUAUAAGGUACGAUGGAAAGGCUUCUCCGAAAGUGAAGAUACCUGGGAACCGUAUGAGAAUUUAACGGAUGGCUGUGAUCGGUUAAUUAUCGAUUAUGAAGUUAGUCAAAAGUCGAAAAAUGACGAGAAUGGGAAGCAUUUACUGCCAUCAACUAGUAGAAGCAAUGAUGCAUCGGAAAAUAGCGCCGAGCGAAAUAGCCGACAUCCCAAUGCUAUUCGCUGGGAGUACGAAACAGUUGAAGUUCUCACACCAGAUGAAUGGAAUCGAUUUGGUGAUGUUGAAAAUCGUGAACUGGGUGGUCUUUAUAUUCCAGAUCGAAUUCCAACUGAAACAGAAAAGCUGCUAUGUAAUCUUGCCCCGGAUGUGGGACGUGUCACCAGAAAUAAGCUGAAAACUGUUAUGAAAACAGAAAGUUCUCCAAUAAAUGAAACAUUAUCAUCUGAUUCUGGUAAAAAACAGGCUGCUAGAGGCAGGCGACGAGUUGGAAAAAAAAAUGGGACAUCGAUAAAUAUGAAAAAAGCAACCGAUGAUGGGCGACAUAGUGUUAUCAAAGACGAAAGCAAAAUGUUGACAAAUAGCAGUAAAGUUGAGGAAGAACGGAAAGAGUCUCUGCUAGAAACCUUUUCGGAAGCAGCAGUUGCAGUAAAAUCGGAAAUUCCAGAUGAACUGUUGCUGUUGAAGUGUGCCGAUAAUGGUUUACAGAUUGUGGCGGCGGAUACAUCCACGGAAGACGAACAGUCUGUAAUUAUUAGAAGUAGCUCUUCAGUUCGCAAUAUUAGUAAUAGACGUGCAGGACGAGGCAGAGGAGGAAGCCGAGGAUGUGGAAGACGGAAAAAAACAUCUACACCACUCCGUUUGAUUGAGGAUGCCAUAUCACCAGCUAAUUCUGAAGUGAGGCCAACAAAUGCUGAAUAUGAUGAAAUACCAAAUUUGGUAGUGGAUGAAAUGGAACCGGUAUCUGAUGAAGAGAGGUCGAAUUCAGUGUGUGAAAAUACAUCGAUGAAUUGUCGGGGUAAGUCCCGCGGUCGAGGGUUAACAAGGGGAAGCAGAGGGAAACGAACAACUGCCUCACGUGCAGCGAUUGUAAUGGAUACCAGUGAGAUGUCUGACAGCAACAGCAGAUCGACUAAGGGCAGAAAGCGAAAAAUCUCUACAAAUACCGAUGACAUUAUUGAAAAGCGGGGACCUCCAAACGUAGAUAACACCGCUCGCGUGCUUCCUGCAGAUGAUGAAUCAGAUGAGCCAGAACCAGACAUUUCAGCGCUAGAAAUGCUUGCCUUUGAAACACCAGAGUUACCAAUACCUUUGACGUGUGCUGAGAUUUCAGCUAUCGAAAUUGCUACAAUUCGCAGACAUCAACAAAAUCGCGAAAAGCCCCUACAGACAUUUGAGCAGUUUCGAAGUGCAGUUUUGACGAAUCAACUUUCGGCUGUUAGAUGGACGGGUCGUUGCGUACCAGAAAGGCGCGGUUUUGAUUUCAACCAGAAAUAUCGCGGCAAAACUGUUGCAAUUGAAUUGUGUGAGAGACCUUGUGGUCCGGCUCAUGAAACUGAUGACAUGUUACGACAAAUUGUCCGCGACGGCGCAAGACUGGAUAUACCGGACGACACAAGGGGACGCAUUCCACUGCAUUUUGCUAUAUCUUGCGAGUCACCAGUAAAUACUGAAGAUAAGGAUAAAAAGACACCGUUGCAGCUAGCGGUUUUCACCACUCGUCCGCCAAAUUUCGAAGCGACAAAAACUAUUUAUCUACUUCUCGAGUAUGGUGCGGAUGUUAAUGAAGUGAUCAAGAAAAUGACACCAUUGCGAAAUAGAUAUCUAUCAAAUCUUGUCGAUCAUCAACAACGCCUUUCAGAGGCUUUUGAUGAAGCAAGGAUGAAAACUUUGGUGUAA